CUGGGCUGCAGUAAAAUUGUUUCAGCACGUCAGCCGGGUGAGUGGUGUCAGUAUUCGCAGCAGUGUGAUGCGGUCGAGCUCGGAUCACUGUGCCAGAAUGAGCGAUGUCAGUGCGCACCGGGAAUGCUUCGAAAUGGACAUUCUUGCUCGUUUGUGGAUCGUAAAUGUGUGAUACGUGGAUACGUGUGGAUUCCCGAGAUUGGCGAAUGCUUGCAAGUGCUACAGCCGGGCGCCAUUGGAUGCAGUCAUUCAGCGCAGUGUUCGGUAGCGGCACACGGUGCAUACUGCAGUCGGCAUACGUGCACCUGUCCGGAAGGUCUUGUGCCAAGCGAUGGAACAUGCGGCAAGCAGUGCCCGGCGGGCUUCACGUUCUCCUCUGUAACUGGACAAUGUAUUCCACCGGAUCUUGGCGACGGCCUUGACCAUCUUUACGCAACGAUCUUGAGUUACUAUGUGUUCGAUCACAUUCCCAGGCCGUUGGCUCAGAGGCGUCAAAGUUCGUUUAACUUGUCCUUUUACAAUUUGUUCUGUUUUGCAGUGGUUCGACCUGGUGAACAGUGCUUUUAUUCGACGCAGUGCGAAGCGGAGAACGCCGAAAUGAUUUGCGAUCGGAGUAUAUGUCGCUGCCCCAACAACAAAUUAUUCACGGGCGCAACGUGUGCCGAAAACUGCCCGCCGGGUUAUAUGGAAGCGAACGGAAUCUGCAAGCAAGGAUGCGAUCCGACACAAGUUGAGCACAAUGGCAGAUGCUAUGAUCAGGUGGCAGCUGGACAAAGUUGUGUGUUGAAUUCGCAGUGCACCGGAGGAACCAGCUGUGUGAAUGGAUUUUGUAUCUGCCCUGCAUCAAUGACUAUCAGAGGAGGAUCGUGUCGUCAAAGUAAUCUCUUUAGCACAUCGUUACUUGUACGAUGACC